UGCUGGACCAAUCACAGCCGGGCAUCCCUGGCGGCCAAUGGGAUGGCUGGUGGGUGAUGUCAUGCAGUGAGCUGCUGUUUGGUGCUGAUGCUGCGGAGCCGCAGAUCUUCACUCUGAGCAGAGAGACCGAGCAUCACUGCAGGGAACCCUCUACCUCACCACAGUGUCUUCAACAGGGAGCAGCAGAAUGACUCUAGCAGCAUACAGAGAGAAGAUGCGAGAGCUUCCCCUGGUGUCUCUCUUCUGCUCCUGCAUCCUCCCCCAACCCACCGACGCCUCGGCCGACCAGAAGGAAGGAGGCGUGGUGGACCUGAACCUGUGCAACAUCCGCCACAUGGAGGUGAUUGAACUGAGCAAGCGAUCGAGCGGCCAGGCCUUCGAGGUCAUCCUGAAGCCGCCCUCCUUCGACGGCGGCCCCGAGCUCCGGGCCACCACACCCCCUCGCCAGAAGCCCUCUCUGGAGGAAAUCCAGAAGAAACUGGACGCCGCUCAGGAGAGGAGGAAGUGUCAGGAGGCGGAGCUUAUGAGGCACCUGGCUGAGAGGAGGGAGCACGAGCGAGAAGUUGCACAGAAAGCCCUGACCAAAGAGCGGCAGGAGCAUCGCGCCGACGCCGACAAGGAGCAGCGCCAGAUGAACGCCGCGCAGGAGCGGCUGCACGUGGAGGUGUCCUGACGGCCUGAUCACAACACAAGCUGAACUUUCUUUGGAAGCCAUUUUGGAGAACUGGCAAGCUGAGGGUUGAGUUGCCAGAGACCCCGGCCACGGCUCCGACUGGAAGACCGACAGGAAGAGCCUCCGAAAAGAGCGAGAGAAGGCGAAAAGGAGGCGGACCGAAGGCGGGUCCAACAUCUGGAUCUCCGCUUUAUGACCAGGGCUCUUUUUAUUGAGAUAAACUCUUGAUAAUGAGACAAAAAACUCCUGAAGGACGCUGCAUAUUCAUCACUAGACCACAGCGGCUCUUACUGGGCUUUGUUGCCAUGCUGCCAACAGUGCCAAUGUAUUUAUGUGUGAGUGUGAUUGUACACGGAUCAACCACUCAAGUUGGACCAAACCAAAAAUCAGAAACCGGACUUGGGCCGAUGGAGCCGUUGGUCCAGAAUAGACUUGGUCCAGCGGACUUGGGACGUGAACCCGAUCAGGCUUCAAUGUGGGGUCUCUGCUUCCUGGAAACACUCUGAGUCCACCAGCUUGUUCUGGAUCAGUACAUUUACUGUAAGCCGGUACCAUCUGGCUCCACAGCAACGUCUAGUGGUACAUGGCGAACGGUUUGGAGGGUUGAGGACCAGACCGUGACCUGAGGUCAAGUGGACUCGGUUUACUGAUAUGAGAGAAAUGAGUGUCAGAGACUCAGUGAGUUCUAAAGACUUAAAUUUGGUACAAAGACGAGUUCUAAUUAAAAAUCCCAGAAAUCUAAGACCAGUCUGACUCAAAAGACUCAUUAAACCAAGAAGAGUCGACUUGAAGGACCCCCCCGCUCACGAGGGGAUUGUGUACAUGUGUUUGCAGCUGCAUUGGUGUGUUUGUGUAUGUUUCUCAUCAAUGUAAAGGAAACAGAUUGAGAUGAUGAUGAUGUGCGAAAAUCUAUUCUUUUUUAAAUUUAAAAAUAAAAGAAUGAGUCUUUA